GCGGCAGCGGAGCCGGCGGUGGGGUGGCGGCAGGCGCGGCCCGUGGCACGGCGAGACCCGGAUUCGCACCUGCCGGUAUGGCCUCGCUGCUCAAGGUGGACCCGGAGGUGAAGCUCAAGGUUGACUCCUUCAGAGAGCGGAUCACGAGCGAGGCUGAAGAUCUAGUGGCAAACUUUUUCCCAAAGAAGCUGUUAGAACUCGAUGGGUUCCUGAAAGAGCCUAUCCUGAAUAUUCACGAUCUCACUCAGAUCCAUUCAGACAUGAAUCUCCCAGUGCCUGACCCAAUUCUUCUCACAAACAGCCAUGAUGGACUGGAUGGGCCAAAUAUGAAAAAGAGGAAGCUGGAAGACCGUGAAGAGACCUUUCAGGGUACCAAAGUGUUUGUGAUGCCCAAUGGGAUGCUGAAGAGCAACCAGCAGCUGGUGGACAUCAUUGAGAAAGUGAAACCAGAGAUCAGGCUGCUUAUUGAGAAGUGUAAUACGGUCAAAAUGUGGGUGCAACUUCUAAUUCCCAGGAUAGAAGAUGGAAACAACUUUGGUGUUUCUAUUCAGGAGGAAACAGUCGCUGAGCUUCGAACUGUGGAGAGUGAGGCAGCAUCCUAUCUGGACCAGAUUUCUAGGUAUUAUAUCACAAGAGCCAAGUUGGUGUCCAAAAUAGCUAAGUACCCUCAUGUGGAGGACUACCGCCGCACAGUGACAGAGAUUGACGAGAAGGAGUACAUCAGUCUGCGCCUGAUCAUUUCAGAGCUGAGGAAUCAGUAUGUCACUUUGCAUGACAUGAUCCUUAAAAACAUUGAGAAGAUCAAGAGGCCUCGGAGCAGCAAUGCUGAGACCCUUUAUUAAGUGUCAACGUUUGAACUUGAGAACUGUUCAGUCAACUAAAGACCGUCAUUGCCUUGGUUUGUUACAUGACUAUCGAGAUGGGAAACUGGCUGGAAAUAGUAUUGCAUUCUUAGUUAAAAUCUAAAGAAAUUCUCACCUAGUUUUGUGAUUGGUUUUAUUCAGGUCUCAGGAGCUCUCCCUCCCUCUAGUAUCUGGUAAAGAAAAAGGCCUUGCUGCUUUGGGAUGCCCUAGAGGCUACUGCAGAGUGAGAGCAGAGCGCCAGCCAGGCAGGAACAUUCCUUCAUGCCUUUCUUCCUACCUGAGUAGGAGCUACAGUAGAGACCAGGCCCUUGUCGUGUUCCAUCUCUUGGCUGGAGACUUCUCUGUGGUCUCUGUGAACAAGGCAGACAGUCUUCAGCACAAGAUAAGGCCUGGGUGGUGGUGCAGUCACUGAAAGCCAGCUCUCUUCAGUGCUGGCUGUAGUUGAGCCCCUUUGCCAAUGCUCUGCACUGACUUAUUUGCAAAGACAGGAUCCUGCCCCGUCUGGGUUGGUGGCCAGAGCCACGUUCCAGUGCCACUGAGAGGUCUGUAAUUGUUCUGUGGCUUUUUUGACUCAGUAGAGUGUGGCCCAUCUGUCUCUGCCUUGGUUCUGAGCAGGUCAAUGCAGAGCUGAAGGUGGUGCUUGUCACUGGGGCUGAUUGCUGUACUGGCUGGUUGUGAGUGCAUGUGGCUUCUGCUCCAAUUUGCAAAUUGACUAGAGUCACUUUCUUGGUUAAAACCAACUUCACGGGAGUCUUCAUGCCUCCUCAAUAUAAGUUGCUUUUGCCCAGGCUGAGAGAAGGGAGGAGCCAGAGGUCUGAUGCUAAACUCCUGGUAGAUUCCAUGUGUGAUCAGAAUGCAACCUGCUUUCUUCUGGCAGUGCUUCCAGCUGUCAGGCACAGCAGGCCAGCUGUGACAGUAGUGCUUGGGGUGAGGAUGGCCAAUUCCCACCUGGUACCGUUGCAAACCUUGUAUUCUUUCCCCUGCAAAAGAGCACCCUUGUGUGCCUACUGACUCCUCUAAGCUGCUGGAACAUUUCAUGGUCCAUUACAACCCCCUUUGGAAAUGAUUGGUUGUGUUGCGUCAGUUUUUGUGUGUGGGAAGUGAACCCAUAAUGCUGCAGGCUCCAAAUUUUUUAUUUAUAGUAUUUCUACUUAAGUCCCAUAUUCAGGGAAUGUUAAAUCAUUUAUUUCUGGAACCUCACUGUUUCCCAGGUCUUGUUACACCCAUAUAUUCUUAUUGUGCAGUAGCCUUAAUAGUUGUGUUAACUUCGUUGUAACAACAGUGACAAAAGAAAUGAAUUUUCUCUCUCUC